GACCCGCUGAGCUCCCGCUCCGUCCCCGCAGUCUGCACGGGGACCGACAUGAAGCUGCUGCGUCCCUCCAGCCCUGAGAGCCACUACGAGACCCUGCGGCAACUCUACCAGGGCUGCCAGGUGGUGCAGGGCAACCUGGAGCUCACCUACCUGCCCCCCGACGCCGACACCGCCUUCCUCAAGGACAUCAAGGAGGUGCAGGGCUACGUGCUGAUCGCGGAGAACCAAGUGAGCCGGCUGGAGCUGCAGAGCCUGCGUAUCAUCCGGGGGACACAGCUCUUCCAGGAGCGUUACGCCCUGGCCGUGGUGGGCAAUGCCGGCCCCACCGGCACGCCGGGGCUGCGCCAGCUUGGCAUGCGGCACCUCACAGGGCUCCGUGCCCUGCAGGAGAUCAGCAGCGGGAUGGUGCUCAUCCACCACAACCCCCAGCUCUGCUUCCUCCAGAAGGUGCCUUGGGGCAGCAUCUUCCGCAACCCCCGCCAGCGCCUCUUCCAGACCCACAACAAACCCCCCGAGCAGUGCACAAUCCGGGACGAGGAUGGCUGUCCCGUGGACCAGAAGCCAAGCCAGGUGACGUCCAUCAUCGCUGGUGUGGUGGGGGCUCUGCUGGUCGUUGUCCUCCUGCUCAUCACCGUCAUCUGCGUCAAGCGCCGGCGGCAGCAGGAGCGGAAGCACACCAUGAGGCGCCUGCUGCAGGAGACCGAGCUGGUGGAGCCGCUGACGCCCAGCGGGGCCCUCCCCAACCAGGCUCAGAUGCGGAGCCCCCAGGAGACGGAGGUGCGGCUGGUGCACCGGGACCUGGCCGCUCGCAACGUCCUUGUCAAGAGCCCCAACCAUGUCAAGAUCACCGACUUCGGGCUGGCCCGGCUGCUCGACAUCGACGAGACCGAGUACCACGCUGACGGCGGCAAGGUCCCCAUCAAGUGGAUGGCGCUGGAGUCCAUUCUCCGCCGGCGUUUCACACACCAGAGCGAUGUCUGGAGCUACGGUGUCACCGUGUGGGAGCUGAUGACCUUCGGGGCGAAGCCCUACGAUGGGAUCCCUGCCCGGGAGAUCCCCGACCUGCUGGAGAAGGGCGAGAGGCUGCCGCAGCCUCCCAUCUGCACCAUCGACGUUUACAUGAUCAUGGUGAAAUGCUGGAUGAUCGAUUCCGAGUGCCGGCCCAAGUUUCGGGAGCUGGUCACCGAGUUCUCCCGCAUGGCCCGAGACCCCCAGCGCUUCGUGGUCAUCCAGAACGACAUGGCGGGGCUGCCCGGCUCCAUCGACAGCACCUUCUACCGGGCCCUGCUUGAGGAGGAGGACAUGGACGACCUGGUGGACGCCGAGGAGUACCUGGUCCCUCACCAAGGCUUCUUCAGCGCCGAGACCUCCACCACCUACCGCAGCCGCAUCUCCUCCACACGGAGCACGGUGGAGACCCCAGCUGAUGUGGAGGAGGGUGGGGGCUUGGCCGCCUUCCCCUUCCCCGCCCAGGGCCUGGCCGAGGGGCCGGAGGGCGCCGUGCCGGAGGCGCUGGAGGAGGACGGCAGGGCCAAGGUGGUCCUGCAGAGCCCAGCGGCGCGGGAGCCCAGCACCCUGCCGCGGUACAGCGAGGAUCCCACCGGGCUGUCGGCCGAGGAGAGGCUCCUCUGCCACCACCCACCUCUCCAGGGCUGUCCCAAUCCGGCUCAUCCCAUGAACCUCACCACCGCCGCCUUCCCCUCCGGCACCCCAGCUGUGCCGGGACACAAGGACUUGCACUGA